CCCAAAUCUCCGAACGGCUGCUGAAGGGCUGUGACUGUGGCUCAAUUUUAGGCCGCAAAGAUGUCAUCUGUCCUUGGAACAACACCUUUGCUCAACCAACGCUGCAACGCUACGCUCCUUGGGCCGCUUAGGCUAUACAGCAUAAAACUCUUAAAGACGCGACGAUCCGUUGGAACAGCGUGGGGGCGGCAAGAGACUGAGCGUUGCAGGGCUGCGGUUAACCAUGGACAGACCGAACCCACGCAGCCCCGGCAUUCAGUAAAUUUGAAUGAAACACGGCCAGGGGCCCUACAAGAUGGAACCAUGACUCGUCGCAGCGCAGUCUUAUUUGCAGCGAGUUGCCCAGUCGUCUUAACGACAUGUCGGCCGGCGUCUGCCAGCAAGGUGCCUUUCUUGGAUGCGGGUUGGGAGGCCUUGGGUGGCGGCCCCUCGGACUUGGUGUUCCCGGAGGAGUUCCUGGGAGUCUGGGACGUUACCAGCAUGCUCACGCGCGUGGACAUGCCGCUUGGCGAGGAUGCCGUACCCAACAUGGCUGUCGUACGACGGGCCCAGCUGGAAGACAUGAACCGCCAAACGCACUACCAGGUAGCCUUCAUGCGCAAUGCAAGGGGCAAGGUGGUGUACGACAGGCAGUUCAAUACGGCGUCGAUGUUGGCCAUGUACUACGACAAGACGAUGAACUUUGCGGAACGAAUUCAGUGGGACGUCAACGACCCCAACGUCCUCACGCUCCAAAUGCCGGGCAUGCAUGUGCGGACACGAGUCACACGGCGAUCUGAGGACGUUCCGCAACCGGACCGGAUUGAGACAUCCGAGUACGUCGAGUCCGUGUACGACAGCGGGGACGGAGGAGCGACCCGGGUGAAAGCCAGUCAGUGCUUCACGAAGUACAAAUGGCGCAGCGAGCAGGCUGCUCGUCGUGACCAGGGUCCUGCCAUCGUUGCCACUCAAGUCGUGUCUGACUUCCUAACGCCCUACGACGGAGAGCAGAAAUACAUCAUGGCAAUGAACAAGCCGUAUUCGCAGUACACAUACAAGAUGGCCUUCCGAAGGCCCACAGAGUCAGCUGGCGCCGUACCGCAAUGAGCGCGCUCACGGUGGCUCCUUUGCGGGUACAUGUGAUGAAGGCGUUUGCACGCCGUCUGCUUGGUGGUCAGCCGGUGGCAACACGUAGACACAUUACUGCACAAUUGCCGUAUGGUCGCAAUGACUACCCAUACCUUCCUCAAGUUACUGGAUGUUUCGUUACCAAUUGCACGUCUCUAAUGUAUAUGUAGGCUGUGGGCUGUCGUGCGUAAGAAGACAGUGGGAGCG